AAGGAAAUUAGCGUUAGCCGACCAGAAUGCGAGCGUGCAGAAACGUGAAUCUGACUGCGUGCGCGUUUGUGGGUGGAAUCUACUGCACGGUUUAGUACUUUGGUCCUAAACAUUUUUAUUUUCAUGUUUUGCUUUUGCCAGCGUUUCGUUGUUUGUUUUGAGUCUUUUUAUUUUGUAUUUAUUUUCUUUGCACACCUAAGCGGAACCUUAACGGCUAGCUACAGAACUUGGGUGUUGAAACGUUGCAUCAGUUCUCCAGUGAACGGGCCACUGGUUGUCGAUAUUCACCGUUACUGUGCGCAGAGCAUGUGUGCAAACUGAAGCAGCUGCAGUCUGGGUGGAGAAGAAGCUUCGGUGCUAACAGUUGAGCAUCUGAGGCCCAACAUGGCUGCCGCCCGACCUGCAGCCGGAACCAGCGCCGCUGCAAGUGAACACGUAGAUAUCUACGGCGACCUUUGCGCAGACGAUGAAAAGGAUUUGGAUAAAAUUGCUGAAGCAAAUGAACUUUUUGAUGCUGUUCUUACUGGUACGGUCAAUCAAGACAAGAUCGCCACAAAAAGUUCCUCCAGACAUACUCCAGCUAAAGACGGGGGUAAAUCAACUGAUGCCAAACCACAAAAAGCAGGAUCGUCUCAGAAGAAGUUGUCUAUAUAUGUUGGAAACUUCCCCUGGUGGACAUCUGAUGAGGAGAUAUCUUGUAUCGCCCAAAGACUUGGCGUGAAGGACAUCAAAGAAAUCAAAUUUGCUGAGAAUCAAGUUAAUGGCCAAUCCAGGGGCUACGCAGAAGUGGUGGUAACAUCAGAGGAGUCACUUAAAAUUUUAUUGGAAAAAAUACCACAAUGUCACAUAAAUGGGGAAUUGUUAAAAUGUCGAUUUGCCACUCUUCAAAACCUCAGUGUGUUUGAGGCAAUUGCCAAUAAACGUAUGCCUUUGCGUGUACGAUCAGAUUCUAAAGAUUCAGAUUCCACAGAAUCUAAUUCUACAGGAAAAGUUCCCACGUCUUCUUCCAGCGUCCCCCCCAUUCCUUCACUUUUUCUACCACGUUCAUUUCCAAACAGCUUUCCUCCACCUUCCAACCCGUUUCUUCUCCAGCCUCCUCCACUGUUCCCAAACAUUCCACCAGGAAUCUCUCCUCUCAUGCCACCACAUAUGUUUCCUCCCCCUCCUAUCCCCCCCCAAAUGCCUGUCCUGCCGUCUCCCAGUCUUCACAUGAAUCCAGCGUUCUUCAGCCCUACACCGGACACGAACAGCAACAAGCCAUACAGCCAACAAGGAAAACCACCUCAAAAUAAAGAUGGAGAUUUUGAGGAACUAAUGAGCAGGAACAGAACCAUUGCCAGCAGCGCAAUCACCAAGGCCGUGUCUGGAGCAACGACUGGUGACACUGAUAUGGCCAUGGAAACUUUAUUAACAGCUAUUGCCAUCAUUAAGCAGUCUAGAGUAUAUGAAGAUGAGCGCUGCCAAACUCUAGUCACCUCACUAAAAGACUGUUUAGUUUCGAUCCAGAGCAACAACGAUUACGAGAGAAGAAGCCGCUCUAGAGAAAGAGAACGGGAUAGAGGUCAUGACAGAGACAAUGAGCGCAACAGAGGUCGUGACAGAGACCGAGACUAUGAGCGUGACAGAGAACGUGACCGCGACAGAGAACGUGACCGUGACUAUGAGCGUGACAGAGAACGUGACCGAGACUAUGAGCGCGACAGAUAUAGAGAAAGUUCCAGAAAUGUCGUUUACAACAGGGAGAAUGCAGGAAAGUUUCGAAGGCCCAGAGAACAUUCCUGGAGUGGAGAGAGAAACAAGGAGCGCUCCAAAGAACGGGAAGGAUACAAAGAUUACAGAGCUCGAUACCACUAACCUGACUGAAGCUUGUGGAGCAGAAACGAAGGGGACCUUUUGUUUUUGCAUCAAGUCGGUGUAAAGAAGAUUCUUUGAUGAAAAUGAGAAAUUGUCUUUUCAAAAGUAUAAAAUGUACUUUUUGUUUCCCAAUCAGUCAUUGUAGGACUUUGUUUUAAUAAAAAAAAAACAAUUUAGAUUUGUCCAUGUAAUAUAGAAUUUCAACACAUGCAUGCAGUGAACACC